AUGGACAUUCACGGCCCAGAAGGUAGAAUAAAAAUGCCCAAGUUCAAAAUGCCCAAAUUUGGGAUGCCUGGCAUGAAAGCAGAAGGCCCGGAGGUGGAUGUGAACCUGCCAACAGGAGACCUGGAUGUCUCUGGUCCGAAGGUGGAUAUUGAGGGACCGGAGGUGGACAUUGAAGGGCCCGAGGGGAAGUUGAAGGGCCCCAAGUUCAAGAUGCCCGAGAUGCACAUCAAGGCGCCCAAGAUCUCCAUGCCUGAUGUUGACUUCAACCUGAAAGGCCCGAAAGUGAAGGGGGAUGUGGAUGUUUCCCUUCCUAAGCUUGAGGGUCCUGAGCUGGACAUCAAGGGCCCCAAAGUCGACAUUGAGGCACCUGACGUGGACAUUCAUGGUCCGGAAGGUAAAAUAAAAAUGCCCAAGUUCAAAAUGCCCAAGUUUGGCUUUUCUGGGUUGAAAGGAGAAGGCCCAGAAGUUGACGUAAAUCUACCUGAAGCCAACGUUGCUAUUUCUGGUCCGACAGUUGAUGUUGCUGUUCCUGAUCUGGACAUUGAAGGACCAGAAGGAAAACUUAAGGGCCCUAAAUUUAAGAAGCCUGACAUGCAAUUCAAUGUUCCUAAAAUUUCUAUGCCAGAUAUUGACUUACAUUUGAAAGGCCCAAAACUAAAAGCUGACGUUGAUCCUGCUCUUCCCAAAAUCGAGGGUGAGCUGAAAAGCCCUAAGCUUGAUAUCAAAGGGCCGGAACUUGAUGUUGAGGGACCAAAGCUUGAUCUAGAAGGAAAGACUAAAAAAUCCAGGUUUAAACUUCCUAAAUUUGGCUUUUCUGGUCCUAAAGUGCAAAGCCCUGAUGUGGAUGUGAAACUCAAAAAACCUGACGUUGAAAUAUCUGGCCCAAAAGUUGAGGUUCAUGCUCCGGAUGUGGAUUUACAGGCAAAAUCAAAAGGGUCGAAAUUUAAAAUGCCUUUCCUGAGUAUUUCAUCCCCUAAAGUUUCAAUGCCGGAUGUGGAGCUAAAUCUGAAAGGACAUAAACUAAAAGGAGAGUUAGAUGUUGCCAGCCCGAAGCUGGAAGGAGAACUGAAAGGUCCCGAGGUGGACGUCAAAGGCCCCAAAGUCAAUGUCGAGGCACCCGACGUGGACAUUCAUGGGCCGGAGGGUAAACUCAAAAUGCCCAAGUUCAAAAUGCCCAAAUUUGGUGUGUCUGGAUUUAAGGGUGAGGGUCCAGAGUUGGAGGUGAACCUGCCAAAAGGCGAGCUGGAUGUGUCCGGUCCCAAGCUGGAUAUCGAAGGUGCUGGUUUGGAAAUUGAAGGGCCAGAGGGGAAGCUGAAGGGUCCCCAAUUUAAGAUGCCAGAAAUGAACAUCAAGGCACCCAAGAUCUCCAUGCCUGACAUCGACCUGAACCUCAAAGGCCCCAAAGCAAAGGCAGAUGUGGAUGUCUCUCUUCCCGAGGUGGAUCUGAAGGGCUCAGAUUUGCACGUGAAAGGACCGAAAGUGGAUGUAGAGGUUCCUGACCUUGACAUUGAAGGUCCCAAAGGAAAAUUGAAAGGCCCCAAAUUUAAAAUGCCUGAAAUGAAUAUCAAGGCCCCCAAUAUUUCCAUGCCAGACUUUGAUUUGAAUUUGAAAGGUCCCAAGUCAAAAGGAGGUGUGGAUGUCGAUCUUUCAGUGCCAAAACUGGAAGGGGACUUGAGUGUGCCGGAUGUUAAUAUCAAAGGACCAAAGGUUGACAUUGAUGUUCCAGAGCUGGAUGUUGAAGGGCCGGAAGGAAAACUGAAAGGUCCCAAGUUUAAAAUGCCAGAGAUGCACAUCAAGGCUCCCAAAAUUUCAGUGCCUGAUGCCAGCUUAAACCUCAAAGGUCCCAAGCUGAAAGGAGACAUAGAUGUUUCUGCUCCAAAGCUGGAAGGGGAUUUGAAGGCUCCUGACAUCAAUAUUGGAGGCCCCAAGGUCGACAUUGAUGUGCCAGAUGUGGACAUUCAUGGCCCAGAGGGUAAACUCAAAAUGCCCAAGUUCAAAAUGCCCAAAUUUGGGAUGCCUGGCUUUAAAGCAGAAGGCCCGGAGGUGGACGUGAACCUGCCGACAGGAGACCUGGAUGUCUCUGGUCCGAAGGUGGACAUUGAGGGACCGGAGAUCUCCAUGCCUGACAUUGACUUGAACCUGAAAGGCCCGAAAGUGAAGGGGGAUGUGGAUGUGUCUGUCCCCAAGCUGGAAGGUGACCUGAAGGGUCCCGAGCUGGAUAUAAAAGGACCCGAAGUAGACAUAGAUGUUCCAGAUGUGGAGCUUGAAGGACCAGAAGGAAAAUUGAAAGGCCCCAAAUUUAAGAUGCCAGAGAUGCAUUUUAAGGCUCCUAAAAUUUCUAUGCCGGACUUUGACCUGAACCUGAAAGGCCCGAAAGUGAAGGGGGAUGUGGAUGUGUCUGUGCCGUGUGUGGAAGGUGACCUGAAAGGGCCAAAAGUUGAUAUUAAAGGUCCCGAGUUGGAU